AUGGGCUCAACCGGACGCUGCGAAACUCAUGUCAGUGGAGGCACUCCAAGCAAUGUACUGAUUGUGUGGUCAAUUAUUUCAAUGUCGCGAGUGCUGCCAAGAGGCGACUCCUCCACGUGGUGUAAGUGGUUGCGGGUGGGAGCCUCCUUGGUGACAAGUAACAUCAAAUGGCGAACAAUAGACGAAACAACUGUCAAACGAGUUCGUGAACAGGCCAGGUAG